CUCAUGUUACAGCAAAGUCUCUCUCCACACCUUACCGGCUGUUCCGGUCACACUUGGUCUUGUUUUGUUCUCGCUUGGAUUCUCCAGAGCUUUGUUUGUGUUUUGUUCUGCUUUGUGUGUUGAAGGUCUUCUCCUCUUUCCUUCAUCUUUCAGAAGACUGUCUUGGUAAGGGAACUGAGAACAUGACAAAGGGAAAGAAAGCUGGAAAGACUUCAAAGGAAGUAUUGAAACCAGUUGAUGACCGAAAGGUAGGAAAGCGAAAGGCGGCUGUUAAACCCGAUAAGGGUACUGCAGGGAAGGCAAAGAAGGCCAAGAAAGAUCCCAACAAACCAAAAAGACCGCCCAGCGCUUUCUUUGUGUUCCUUGAGGAUUUCAGAAAGACUUUUAAGGCUGAAAAUCCUAAUGUAAAGGGUGUAUCCGCUGUUGGGAAAGCUGGAGGAGAAAAAUGGAAAUCCUUGACUAAGGCUGAGAAAGCUCCAUAUGAAGCUAAGGCUGCAAAAAGGAAAGCUGAGUAUGAAAAACUUAUUAAUGCUUAUAAUAAUAAACAGGCAAGUACAGCGGAUGAUGUAGACGAGGAAUCGGACAAGUCCAAAUCUGAAAUAAAUGAUGAAGAGGACGAAGCCAGUGGACAGGAGGGCCACCCGGAUGAAGAGGAUGAUGACGAGGACGAUGAAGAUGAUGAUGAUGAUGAGGAUGAUGACUGAGAUUUGUGUGCAGAACUUAAUAUGAUGUUUCACUGGUGGGGGAAGCUAUUAUAUAUUUUGUCUGUGCAUGGUAGGCUACUUUGGAUAUUUGUGCUGGUAGAAAAUGUGUCUUCUGUUACUGGCAUGAUAUUUUGCUAGCUACUUGAGCUUCCCUCAGUGGUUAGUUAUUGUGCUUAGACUCUCUUUCGGUACUGUGCCUUAAAAUGUGUUGGCUGAAGUGAUAUAAUUUCCUUUUUGAUAAAUGCAUUGGCAUAAUUGUAUAUGGUGAAGUGGCAUACUCUUCAUGUACAUAUGGAACAUCGUAUGCAUGAACUUAACCAUUUUAAUCUCUCUAGCUGUCCAUUGAAGUGCUUGAAGCAAAUGCGAUUCAAAAGAGAAGUUGGAAUAACCUCUCAUUUUCUUGUUA